GUUUCCGCUUCCCUGGGAAGUUUGUUCCGCUCGAGGUGCGUCAUAUAGUUACUGGGGUUAGAGAGGGAAUCUAUGCCGGCAGCUUAAAGGGGAUUUACACAGAAAGCUUUACACAGGUGUCACGGGAAAAUGGAGGACUUCAACUUGCACUACAGAUUCCUAAAUUGGAGGAGAAGAAUAAGAGAAAUAAGAGAAGUACGUGCAGUACGUCAUCAAGAGAGGUACAAGCGCAUUCUUGUUGAUGGAGACAUACUGAGUUACCAUGGAAACUCGGAUGAAGUUGGUUGUUACGUGGCUCCUCGUCCUUUGACAAAGGAGAACAAUUAUUUUGAGGUGUGUAUAAUGGAUACUGGUGUGAGAGGGACAAUUGCAGUUGGAUUAGUCCCACAGUACUACAAGCUAGAUCACCAACCAGGAUGGCUUCCACAUUCUGUUGCUUAUCAUGCAGAUGAUGGCAAGUUGUUUAAUGGAAAUGGUGUGGGCCAGCAGUUUGGGCCAAAGUGUUUUGCAGGUGAUCGAAUUGGGUGUGGUGUCCAGACGGAAUUCUUUGACAGAGGAAUGGCAACUGUGUUUUUCACAAGAAAUGGAAAAGAGGUAGGUUCUGUCGUAAUGGCCAUGUCGCCGGAUGGGUUGUUCCCGGCAGUUGGAAUGCACUCUCUUGGAGAAGAAGUUCGCAUUGACUUGCAGGCAGAGUGGGGACUGGAUGAAGACGACAGUGCCAUGAUGGUCGACAGCCAUGAAGAUGAAUGGGGCCGUUUACACGAUGUUAAAGUUUGUGGAACACUAUUAGAAUACAUCGGCAAAGGGAAGAGCAUAAUGGACGUCGGCCUGGCGCAAGCACGACAUUCCCUCAGCACCAGAAGUCAUUACUUUGAAGUCGAGAUCGUUGACCCCGGUGAAAAAUGCUACAUUGCCUUGGGAUUGGCACGAAAGGAUUACCCCAAAAAUCGGCAUCCUGGCUGGAGUCGAGGGUCUGUGGCCUAUCAUGCAGAUGAUGGCAAACUAUUCCAAGGAAGUGGAGUGGGAGAUCCCUUUGGUCCUCGCUGCUACAAGGGGGACAUCAUGGGUUGUGGUAUCAUGUUCCCUCGAGAUUAUAUUUUAGACAGUGAUGCUGACAGCGAUGAGUGUCUUGAUGCCGCAGAAGUGAAUUACAAACAGAGGCGUGUGAGGAACAUCAUGUAUUUUAAUGAUGAGGACGAAGAGGAUGAAGGAGAGGAUAUGGAGCAGGAAUACGAUGGAAAGAAAGUCACGGUCUUUUUUACUCGAAAUGGGAAGAUAAUUGGCAGGAAAGAAGCACCAGUGCCAUCUGGCGGUUUCUACCCGACGAUCGGGAUGCUGAGCAACGGAGAAAAGGUGCAAGUCGACUUGCAUCCACUGAGUGGCUGAACUGCUCUCCGUUCUCUCACCCAACACGGCAAGCAAGCUGUACUUCCCAUCGCCAUCUACUGGCUGACUCUGGUGUUGCCUGAAACGCCACAGAGGGUGCACAAUAUCGACCGUUCUAGUUGGCCACUGUAUGUAAUUCUGCGACUCUUGUUAGUGUAUUUAACACACGGUUAUGUAGGCCAAGUCUGGUUUUUCUUUUCCUCUUCUCUUCAGUUUUGUUACCUCCUGCUUUAAAACACUAAAAACCCUUUGUACACAAAAAAGCUGGAGAAACUCAGCGGGUGCAGCAGCAUCUAUUGGAGCGAAGGAAAUAGGCAACGUUUCGGGCCGAAACCCGGAAGGGUUUCGGCCUGAAACGUUGCCUAUUUCCCAAGGGAUUCGGCCUGAAACGUUGCCUAUUUCCUUCAGAGUUUCGGCCCGAAACGUUGCCUAUUUCCUUCAGAGAUUCGGCCCGAAACGUUGCCUAUUUCCUUCAGGGUUUCGGCCCGAAACGUUGCCUAUUUCCUUCAGAAUUUCGGCCCGAAACGUUGCCUAUUUCCUUCAGAGAUUCGGCCCGAAACGUUGCCUAUUUCCUUCAGAGUUUCGUCCCGAAACGUUGCCUAUUUCCUUCGCUCCACAGAUGCUGCUGCACCCGCUGAGUUUCUCCAGCUUUUUUGUCUCCCUUCGAUUUUCCAGCAUCUGCACAGUUCCCUUCUUAAACACUAAAAAUCCUUUGCUGCUUUCAAACCUAUUUGCAGUUACUAUAUCCCAAACUAUAUCCCAUUGAUGACCUCGAUUGCACGUCCUUGGCAUUUGAUAAGAACACUCCCCUAAUACUGCUUUCUCCCUGCACCUCCCCAGAGUUAUUAAACAAUUGAUAUUAGCUGGCACAUAUAGUUAGAUAUUCCAGUUCCUCCUUGCUGGCAGAAGGGAGCCCACUACUGGCUGUCCGUACAACUCUCGAGAUUUCUGCAACAGUAGCAGCUCACUUGGUCUUGGAAGGAAUUCCACGGUGAUCUGAGAGCAUCCAUCUCCUCACACUGGUGCCUUACUCAUGCUAAUAAAAGGCGCGUAUUCCUAACCUCUUCUCAGUGUGUGUGUGUGUGUGCAACCAUUACACUCUACCUAUACUAACGUCAAGUAAGAUAAGACGUGCAAUGAACAUUUUAUGGUUGUUUUUGCAACUGGAAGCUGUUCUCCUGCAGUGGGGCACAGAUAUGCUGCAUGUUGGGAUGGUUUAUUGGCCCUUGUUACACUCUACAUGUGAUGAACUCAUACAGUAUAGUUACCCAUUGACGUUACGAUGUCUGACUAGUGUUAUCUGUGUAAUUAAGAAGGAGAAUUUCUAUCGUGAAGUAGUGGGGAUAGGAAUGGGGGAGGGGUGGCGUUGGGGGUGGGGAUAAUGUUGGUUAAUGAUGAGAAGUAGCAGUGAUCUUGUUGCGGGGACCGUGUGUGUGUGAAUCCACCACACCCCGCUGUCCCAGGAUGCUGACAACAUGUAAUCCUCCCGUGGUUGUCAGGAUGAACUUGACUAACUCAGCACAGAGCAGAGGCUCUCCCCUCAAUAAGGGGAAUUAAUGAUCCAAGUUCCGAGUAGUUUGAAUUUGUGAUUACAGAGUCAAAAGCUUCAUGAAGCCGUGUGGUAUUAAAGUGCCUUUCAGAUCUAUUCUAGACCAGGUUAGCAUAAGUAAAAAAUGCAACAGCAAAAUACUGCAGUAUUCUCAACCUCAUCCCACAUGUGUGCAAUAGGCAGAAUACUAGAGGGGGGGAGAUGUGAGCUGGGGUUUACAUGGACUGUAACAUUCAGGGUUUGUCCCUUGAAUCCUAAUUCAUCACCUGUGCCAUAAAUAUUACUGUUUGUGUUGAGUGAUAAUGGCAGAGCUGCAGCAGGCCGGGAGCCCAUGGGGUAGGUAGGCCGCCAAUUAGACAACCAGAGUGAACGCACUCAUCUAACCCACUUUGCGUACAUUUUAAUUUCCUCCUCGUGCUGCUCAGCUCACUCUUUUCCCCCCCCCCACACACACACAACACCCUGUUUGACACGAUGGUGAUUUUGUCCAUUCAACGGCUUCACUUGGACCUGGAGCCAUUUUUGACACUUUGUAAAUGUAUUUAACGUUAGACCUUUCCAGCCAGCAGCAGAGAUAUUUAUUCAUCCACUGGACCCUCUGUGUGACCUCCCCUUUAUUAUGCUGGUUCUACAGGGUGAACAAAAGGCAACAUUGACCUGUUCUGCUUUACCCGCUGUGUACUAAAGGCAAUGCACUGAUUAAGGGGACUUUUGUGCGGCAAGUAUUUAAUUUUUCUGUACAGAAAACAAUUGUCGUUUUGAGUGAUUUCUGUAACAUUGUACGUGAAGCUGAGGUUCCCUGAAUGGGGUCAAAGUAAGAACAUAUACUUUCUCCAAUUGAGUGGUUGUAAAUUGCCUAUUGAUUGUGGAUAUGUUAGACCAAUGUCUUUUGACUCAUGACAGUCUCCUACCAGCCCUUUUGUACCAAUAAUCAACUGUGCACUAUACUAUAUAAGAUAUGUACAUAAUUCAGAUGUUUAUAUGCUUUAAUUAAAAUAGAUUUCCAUAAUUGUA